ACUUUCUCUCGUAUUCUCUCAUUCUCGCUUCCAAUGCCAUUAUCGUCUCUCUCACAUUAACAAGUUGAAAAUCGCAAUGUUAAUGUAAGAUCGAUCAAAUCUUGAUCGCGUUUUCUUCUAAUCCGUUUUCCAUAUACGAACGAACGAACAUGGACGAAGAUUUGUUGAAGCGUAACACCGAUUGCGUUUAUUUCUUGGCUUCACCCCUCACUUGCAAGAAGGGUGCAGAGUGUGAGUAUAGGCACCAUGAGAUUGCAAGGCUUAACCCGAGGGAUUGUUGGUACUGGUUAUCGGGGAAUUGUCUUAAUCCCACUUGUGCUUUUAGACACCCUCCAUUGGAUGGGCACACUGGAGUACCAUCUGAACCUGCGCAAUCUUCGUUACCUGCAACUGCAAAUAAGACAAUGGUUCCCUGUUAUUUCUUCUUCAAUGGGUUUUGCAAUAAAGGUAACAGAUGCUCAUUUUUGCACGGGAAUGAUGCUAGCUUGCUCGCUGUAAAGCCUUUGAAGAAUGACAAUGUAAAGCCUCUGAAGAAUGACAAUGGAAACAUUAAUGCACUCAACAACUUAGAAAACAAAACUUCAUCGGGAAAUAAAACAGUUGCAUCAAAACCAAGUGAAACACAUUUUGACCAACCUUUAUCUUCUCCAAAAGCUUUGUCUGAUAUUAAACUUCAGCCUAAGGAAGAUCUUCAGCUGCCAUUACCCAAAAAUGUUAAACAGAAAGAUGAUUGCUUGGAAUUAUCUGCUUUUGACCAUAAAGAAGCUCCCUUGACCCGGUCAGACUCUCCGUCACCAGAUGACAGCUUUGCUCAUAACAUGUCUCAUUCAAGUACUGAGCAGAGUUCAGAGGAGCAGCAAGACAGUCAUGUAGAGCCUGAGGAGCGAUGGGAAUCCUCGCCUGGAUUUGAUGUUCUUGUUCAUGAUGAAUCUGGGAACCUGGGUUAUGAGAAUGAUUCUGAAUAUUUGCCAGUGCUUGAUAUGGAUGACCAUGAACUGAAUGAGCAAUACUUGGGGUAUGAACUUAAAAAUACAGAUGAGUACAAUACCAUGUGCUCGGACGCUGAUAUUCUGUAUGAACAGGGAACAUGUGAUGAUUACAGAUGUUUUGAUAGAGAUUUUACUAGUGCCAGUGAAAGGAAAGUUUGUGGUUAUUCCAGAGAGAUAGUUUUAGAUUCUAUGUUUUCCAGGAAAAGGGUUCGGAUGUCAGCUGCUGAGAUGGCUGCUUAUGACUCUGACUUAGAUCUACGUGACCAUCUGAGAAGACGCAGAGGGGUCAAUGGCCCCCCUGUCACAGGUUUCGUAAGAAGACAUGAGUCGUCUUCUUUAAUGGUUCGAAACCGGGAAAGGCAUCAAAGGCAAGGCAUUGGUCAGCAGCAAAACAUAAGAUUAACAUCACAAUUAGGAUUUGGUUCAAUCAGAGAGGUUGAAGAUCUUUCAAUUGCUAACAAGCAGAGAUUAUUUAGGCCUUCCCAACAAAAUAGGCCAAGAAAUCUUUAUAGAGAAAAACCAGCUAAACAGCCAUUUCAUUCUUCUAAAAAAAAAGUAUCCAGGAAACCAGUUGUGAAGCAACAGAACUUUAUCCAGGAAUCUGGUACAUUUUCAGGGCCCAAGACUCUUGCAGAAAUAAAAGAAGAGAAGAUGAAGAAAGCUGGUCAAAGUUCACAAUGUGAAAGCUCCUCAGCUGGUUUUCAGGAUCCCAAGCCUCUGCAUGAAAUUCUUAAAGACAGAAGGACCGUGGAUUGAGUGAGAUGUUGCAAAACCUGCAACAAUUGAAUCAUGAGAUUAAAAUGACCGAUGAUUCACAAGACUAUUAUUUUCACAGAAGAUAAUGAGGUUAGAUUUGCUGUUGGAGGUGCUUUCUUUUAAUUUUUGGUUGAAAUAGGAGGUGCUUUCUAGCAUCCUUUAGUGUACUGGGUAAUUACCCUAUCAUUGCCAUGGAGUAUGUUUUUUGUUUGAGUGAGAGUAGGUUACGAGAGGCGAAGAAGAUAACUCUUAGAUAAGCAGUGUUUGACUGGAAGAGAUAUUAUCUGUAGUUAGUUUAGGGAGUGGAUCACUGAUUUGCAUGAAUUUUUUGUGUGAUUUUGGCCUUACUUGUUUUUGUCUAUAAAGCUGCUUAUGAAUUUUCACUACUCACUACUUUUUGUAUGGUUAAUGGUCACAUCUUGGCUUUUCUUACAAUUGUUGCUGCUAUGCAUCUUUAUGAAUUUUGUGUAUGGGUGCAUGGAUAAUUUUCCCCUACAUACAGAUGCAACUAAAUUAUUUAAUGCAUUGACAAUGCAUGGAAAUAAAGCAAAUUAUUUUCAG